AUGAUGUGGUUUGACUUAUCAAAUGAGUCGUGGUGUCAUUUGAAGCGUCGCAAAAGUACCAAGUCAGUCGUUCCGUUACUAGUAACGACUGGAAUAAUUGACGACACACCGAGGUAUCGAGUUUUAAAAAAUACCGCAGGAGCUGUAGCCAAUCGGUCGAUGAUGAAUAGUUUAGCACUUGAGAUCAUGUCAGUACUUAUCCGCAGAUUGCUACGUGAAUGCGAGCUGCUCACGGACAUAAGGACACGCUCGACAAAAAGGAGACUUGGUGCACGUAUUACGAAUUUCAAUGUGAUUACUGCCGGACUGAGCUGGUCCAAUUCUGAUACUCUAACUAAUGAGCCGCCGGUCCCAGGGUUCGAUUACGUUCGACAUCGCCUUGUUGUGGAAACAAAGCGUAACGAUGUAAAAAUGAAAAUAAGCAAGUACGACAUGGGCUUCAAUCACAGCUCCCUGCGUAUGGCAAUACGUGAACAACUUGAUGAGACUCGCUCUAAUUUUGAUUAA